GUUUCCAAAAAGACGAGGAUAUCUUCACUUAUCACAUAACUUUAUCAUACAAGAGAGAGAAAAAAGAGCCAAAAUCACGCAAACCAGGAAAAAUUAAAAUAGAAGAAGCAGAAAGCCACACCGAUUAAUGGCGGCUGCGGCGGAGGACACGGUGGAGGAAGAGGUAGGUCGAGUGGUGGAACAAGCGAAGGAGUUGCAAGAAACCGCUGCUUCUUUAAUUGCUAAAUCUACACACGACGAACAAUCUGUUCGCCAAAAAGCUCUCUCUCUUGAGUCUUCUAUUCGGCGUUGCAGUUCUCUCCUUGACCGCAGCAAUCACCUCGCUCCUAAAUUAGCUGCCAAGCUUGAAGAAGAUUUACAGAAAGCAAGAUGUAUUAUAGCUGAUGGAGAUGCUUCUUCUUUUCUUCCUUCAAAGCCUCAAGGGCGUUUUCUAAAAAUGUUUUUGGGACCGAUUAAUGUGCGUGCUUCUCGUAAAGAUGUGCAGUUCAAGGUUAAAGAGGAGUAUAACAGUUACAGGGAUAGGACUGCACUUUUGUUUCUAUUUUUCCCAUCGGUUUUGCUUUGUUUGAGGUCUUGGGUCUGGAAUGGGUGCUUGCCUACGUUUCCAGUUCAAUUGUAUCAGGCGUGGCUAUUGUUUCUCUACACUGGAUUGACUUUGAGAGAGAAUAUAUUGAGAGCCAAUGGAAGCGAUAUUCGUUCAUGGUGGAUCAACCAUCACUAUUGUGCUAUGAUUAUGGCCGUAGUUAGUCUCACAUGGGAGAUUAAAGGUCAACCAAAUUGUGCUCAGAAGCAGAGAGGGGUACAAUUGUUCUUGCAAUGGGCUAUGAUGCAAGGAGUUGCAAUGCUUUUGCAAAAUAGAUAUCAACGCCAGAGACUCUAUACCCGUAUUGCUUUGGGAAAGGCUAAGCGAAUGGAUGUUGUGUGGGGAGAAACAGCUGGUGUGGAUGGGCAGUUGUGGCUGUUGUGUCCUAUACUCUUCAUUCUGCAGGGUUUUGAGGCAUAUGUUGGACUACAGCUGCUCAGGACUGCAUACAAGGGGGUCACCUCCGAGUGGCAGGUUAUUUUCUGUGGUGUCCUUCUGGUCUUUAUGGCAGUCGGGAACUUCUUAAACACAGUAGAGAUACUAAUGGUGAAGUCAAGGUUUAAGGCAAAAAUGAAAAGUAAGAGCAAGCAGGAAAUGGAUUGAGUGGCUCACGUCCUCUCCACCUCUGAUCAAGUCACGGUGUCCUCUUUGCUUGGAAAGCACGGUGAUUUCCUCUUGCAGUUUUUUCCCUCAAAUUUUGCGUACUGAUUCGGCAGUGUGGGAAAUGGUGAAUGCAGUGACGGGAAUCAUUAAAUGAUUGGUCUUGACAUUCAUAAAGUGGAUGUCAUGCGAGAGUACAAAAUGUUCGUUCUUUCUCUGCACGUGCAGCUCUACUCAUCAUCAGCCUUGUCGAAAUCUACAUAGUUAUCCUCGGACCGGAAAGUGGGCAUCUGUGAAGACCAGGUAUCGAAUUUAGGUGAUGGUACGGUCUCCGGGCUUCGUGGGUAGAAAUGAUUGUGUUUCCGGGCGAUGAUUUAGAAACCUGAUGAGGGUUUUUGCAGAGCUUGCCUGUAAAACCAACCCAUUCGUCAAUUUGACAAAAAGACGCUUGCUUGCUCCAUUUUGCGGCUGACUGUGCUGGUUGUCUCUCUGAUUUUUUGCGUGGGAGGGAAUAUCCUCUCUUCCAAGAACAAGUGAUGUGACCGGCGGAUUGAGGCUUGAAUUUUAUUUAUUAACAAUCAUUGUGGGAUCUGACAGGCCUGCGUCACCAAUUUGAAGAAAUAGGGCAAUGCCCUCUGGGUCCAAUGGUACUCUCUCUACCCAUGCGAAGCCUUCGAAGAAAGCUGUUUGGGAUUACAUCACUCGAUUCAAAAGAGUGUAACCCAAGAAAGAGAUUCCUUGCUUGGAUAAGUGGAUUGAUUUCAUUUCUUAAAUAAUUCCUGAAAGUAUCCAAAAUGUUUGAUUUCAUUUCGUAAAUUAAUGCUAUCAACAAUUGCGAGUGUUACCAUCAA